GCCGCUGGGGUACUGAGGUUGGCGCCUGGCGGUCAGGGGCGCGGGAAGGGAGAGAGAGGUUCCGUCGAGACGUCGUGCUGCGUCAGCUCUCCAAGCAUACAAAUGGCGCGUCCCUGGCAUAUUUGGUCUAUCUUGGCAGCGCUUCUAUGGGAAGAUCGGUCAACAGCUGGAUCAUUUAUGUGGCAGGUGGGAUCAAAAGCGAUGUAGCUCACAUAGCGACUAUGGACGCUUGUGGAGGCAUAUUUAUUUCGUUGCCCAGUCCAUCUUUCGGGGCUUGACUGUUCACUUACUUCAAUCCUUUUUUUAGUUUUUGUUGCGCUCAUGCCGUGAGCGUCCUCAAAAUCGUCAUAUAUUAGCAGAUCGUACAUGCGGGUGCCGAAAGUGCUGCAAAUUUGGUCGCGAUUAUCCGAGCACUUCUGCUUCAAACGUAGCCUUCUGCUGGGCGGUGUCUGCUGUAACUUCGCUCUGAGCUUCUGGCUCGGCUCUGAGCUCUCCAAUCUCAUGUGAAAGGCUGUGAUGGUAUGGUAUUUUACCGCUGCUGCCCGCUGGUCAGCUGCGGAAACCCUUUCCGGCGCAGGGCGCCUUGCCCCGCGCGGUGUCUCCCCACUGUCCCCGGCGCGCCGCCCAUCCCCGCCGCUCCCCAGCGCCGCGCCGCGUCGCGUCGGGCGGGUUUCUACGGUGCCGUGCACAGCCCGGUUCCAGGGUCGGCGGCCACGCGGCGCAGCGGCAGCGGGCGGGGUGUACCGUGGAUCGCUGCAGCGGGCAGCAUUUGUUGACGGUGGCACUCGGACACUGAGACACCCUCCGUGAACAUCUAGGCAGUGGCCGAGUCAGUCGCUGUGAUAGAGGCCGGGUCUCGCGUCUGCCCGGUCGCCGGUGUCCGGUGCUGGGCCGUGUGAGCGCGCGGGGUCAGUGGUCGGACACUGACCGCACCUGUGGACGAGGCUGGACGCCGCAUCGUGAGCCGUCGGCGAGCGGGACCGGCAGCAACAGUUGGUGAUCCCUCGUCGCUGAUCGUCGCUCAGCCAUGGCCCUCACCAGUCUGCUAGGGGACAUUGUGAAGGUGGUGAGGGGCAAGGGGCCCGGCAGUGUCAAGAUCGACAACAAGGUGUUCCAGCUGCACUACCGCCUCACAACGUUCCUUUUUCUGGGUUUCUCCAUCCUGGUGACGGCCUACAACAUGCUCGGGGAGCCGGUGUCGUGUGCGUGCGCCCAGUGCGGCAGCAACUCGAUCCCGCUGAACGUGAUGAACUCGCACUGCUGGGUGACGGCCACCUACACCAUCCCUUCCGACCUGGAGAGGGUCGGCUUCAAACCCGGUUCAACUAACCUGGGCCCGGGCCGUCACGAGUACUCGGAGCGCGAGUACCAGACCUACUACCAGUGGGUGCCGUUCAUGCUGGUACUGCACGGCGUGCUCUUCUACGUGCCGCACUGGCUAUGGACGCUCAGCGAGGACGGCAGGAUGGCGGCCAUGGUGCAGGACAUCCGGCUGCCCGUGCUCGACCGCGGCGUCCUCAAGGCGCGCGUCACCAACCUAGCCGUCUACAUUCGCCAGACCAUGGGCACCUACCAGGGCUACUUCAUCCGCUUCGUCAUCUGCGACGCCCUCAACGUCUUGAACGUGAUCACGACCAUCUACUGCAUUGACAAGUUUCUAAACCACAAGUUCCUGGGUUACGGUAACGCGGUGGUCAGCUACCUGUCCGACGGAGGUCAGUUCAGCCCGUUCACCACCACUUUCCCGAAGCAGGCCAAGUGCGAGAUGGAGUUUUUCGGUCCGACCGGGUCGCGGAGCAGCGUGGAUGGCCUCUGCGUGCUGGCGCUGAACGUGCUGAACGAGAAGGUGUACCUGGUGCUGUGGUUCUGGCUCAUCUUCCUGUCGGUGCUGUCGUCGGUGGUGUUUGUCGGCCGGCUGGUGCUGAUGCUGGUGCGCGCCUUCCGCGUCCCUUUGCUGCAGCACAAGGCCCACUUCAAGUUCGGCUCUCAGAUGACCCGCGGCGUCAACUCGCUGGAGGUGGGCGACUUUUUCCUGCUCAGCCUAAUGGCGCGCAACAUGGACGUCACUGCGUUCAGGCUGCUGCUGAAGGCGCUCGCCAAGGAGAGCUUCCUCGCCAGCUGCUCAGACCUUGACGACGAUGACGAAGAGUCUGAGGCCACGGAGGAGAUGCCGAUGAAGAGAAGACCCGUGAUGCGCAUCCUCUCGGACAAUACGCCAGUAGAAUGAGGCGCGACCGGGAGUACCGGAAAGAGCACUGCAGGACUCGGUCAGCGCGGAGUCGCGGGCCGCGGGGAUCUAGAACGCAAUGGCCAGUGCUGGAUCCUCUUCAAAAUUCCUAAGCUUCCGGGUGAUGCCCAACGAACGGUAUGUAUGUAUGCGCGCUGCACAGAUCAUCUCCGACAUGCAGUGCAGGCUGCGCAACUAGCUACGCGUCAUAUAUACUGUGUAGUUUAUAAAGUUGCCAACGGGGGAUACUCUGCUUCCUUCAUGUUAGUGCCUUUACUGCACGAUGGCUGUGCUAUUGUGCAUGGCCCAUUGCACGACACUUUGUGUGUCAGACUGUACAAAUCAAACAUCUAUAAGCGGCAUUAAAGUGGCUUGUACCGCACAGCAAGUAUUUAGUGCGUUUAUUGGGCUUUACUGUGUUUCCCAUAGUUGUAAGAAUUUUACCAUGUCUUCGCCAUCAACGCAUGUUUCCUCAUCUCGCGUCUGAAGUGCCCUAUAGUCAGCCGAGAGAUGUAUUGUUGAUGGGCAAAACAAUGUCGUUUUAUGUGAGGCUUCUUGCUUGCUCGCUUGCUUGCGAAGAUACCUAAAGGAUGUUGCCUCAGCAUAAAUAGUGGUACGUGAUGGUCGAAGUGGUGGUUCUUUCUAAGUUGAUGGGACUGAGAUGGAAAUCUGUUCUAGGUGUCUCAGAAAUGUUGAACGAACUCAUAUCGCCUGAGGCUUAGGAAAGCAUUUCGUAAAGUGUUUUAGAAGUGUUAUGGCAAGUUUCGAUAUGUCUUUAAUAUAUUUUUUCUACAUUUUA